AUGCCCCGACAUCAGAUCUUGGCAGCGUUACCGUUGUCUCAGAUUCAACAUGGCCGUCCCGAUGUAACUCGGAGACUUGUACAGCGUGAACUGACCGGGGAGAAUAUUGACGUGGCGAGGAGUUGGUUCCGACUGGCGUAUACGUGGAAGGAUAGGUUCAUCGUCUCCUUGAUUGACCUGGAGGCUACGGAUUUGGUCGAGCACACCAUUUAUUCGAGGGACGUCCCGGCGAGGAUCCCGACGAAUACAUUGAAGAAGCGUCCCCCUCCCCUCGAUGGCGGCAACAGUGAGCUGAUGACAGCUCAUCUUCAAGCGUCCAAAGACAAGCCCCGAAUGGUCAAGCCUCAACCAAGAUGGAAAGGACCGUACGAGAUCGCGGAAAUCGUUUCCGAGGUAUCCGUUCGCAUUUGUGAUCCCUCGACCAAGAGGAACAUCCGGAAGGUUCACAUCGACAAUAUCAAACAUUUCGCCCGCUUCGGAUCCGCAUAUCCAAAGAGAAUUCACCAGCGGACCCGCAACGAGAUUUGCCCACGCAGAAGACCGAGGAUAACUCUAUGGCUUAAGUUCCGCCAGCAGCGAACACGCGCCUCCGUGGUAUACUCUCUAUAUUAUCGCAUGCGGAAUCCUGAAGGGACAGUCGGCCUUGCUGAUCGCCUGUGUGUUCCAAGGAGCUGCCUCCCAACACCUCGCGCUCACACGAAGUCAAACGCUCACCAAGAGCAGGUGAGGCUUCCGGCUGGAGAAGCUCCCAAGCAGGUCUCAUUCGAGUAA